AAACGUUUUCCAAGAUCCUAAUAAAUCGUAACAAAUUCUAGUAUAUUUAUUUUCCUUUCUUGUCAUUUUGGAUUAGGUUUGCAAAGAGAAGUGAAUAAAGUGAAGGAGGGCUCUGGAUAGAUAGUGCUGGAUGGAGUUUCAAUAUUAAUAAUCUGCAAACUCCAAUCCCUAUAAUAUAUUUCUUUUUAAUCUUGCACUAUCAUAAUAAUAAUAAUAAUACUUGUGGAUUUUGUUAGCAUUUUGUUAAAGUCCAGCCUCCAACACUCUCUUGCUAAUAAGAAUUAUCCUUAUAAUUAUCUACUUAGCAAACCAGAGAAAAAAGAAAAAAAAAAGAAAAAAAAAAGCAAUCCUAUCCUUUUCUAUCAUAUAAGUAUAAUAUAACCACCUUAUAUCAUCCCACUUUUCAACACUUGAAAAAAAAUGGCGUCAAAGAGGGAAGAGAUCUCCCAGAUGGAAGAAGGUAAAAUCCAUGGAGCCUCCGUUACCAACGUUGGAUUUUGUGCGUCAACUUCUGUCGUUGUGCUUAUUCAAAAGUUGAUUGCGGAGGUCAUAGGGACGUAUUUCGUAAUAUUUGCGGGGUGUGGAUCGGUUGUAGUGAACAAGUUAUAUGGGAGCGUUACGUUCCCAGGGAUAUGUGUGACAUGGGGACUAAUUGUGAUGGUCAUGGCUUACACCGUGGGACAUAUAUCAGGAGCACAUUUUAAUCCGGCUGUCACUAUUACUUUCACCCUCUUCCGUCGCUUGCCUUGGAAAGAAGCACCUUUAUACAUAAUAGCUCAAUUAAUGGGUUCGCUUUUGGCCAGUGUAACUCUAGUGCUAAUGUUUGACGUAACCCCGGAAGCUUAUUUUGGUACCGUUCCAGUUGGAUCUAAUGGCCAAUCACUUGCCGUAGAAAUUAUCAUCUCUUUCCUUCUCAUGUUUGUCAUUUGUGGAAUUGCGACAGAUGAUCGAGCGAUUGGACAUGUUUCUGGAAUAGCUGUGGGAAUGACCAUAACCUUGAACGUUUUUGUAGGAGGGCCAAUUUCUGGAGCAUCAAUGAAUCCAGCAAGAAGCAUUGCACCAGCGUUAGUGAAGCAUGUUUACAAAGGUCUUUGGGUAUAUAUUGUUGGUCCAAUAGUUGGAACCCUAGCUGGAGCAUUCGUGUACCAUUUGUUGCGGGCCACAGAUAAACCACUAAAUGAGUUGGCGAAAAGUGUAUCGUCUAUUCGAAGAUAGAGAGCAAAUCGAAUAUAUUUAGUCAACCCUUUAUCGUUUCAGUUUUAUCGGAUGUCCAAUAAGACAUUUUUAAGGCAGGUUGCGGACAUAAGUAUUUUUGCAUUUUUGAAAUUAUUUUUUGCUGCAAUUUCUAUUCAUCACCUUCUCCCAAUUUUCUUUAUCAUCAUAGGGCUUAUAUCUAGAUUUGCUAGGGUUGGAGAGUGUUGAAAGGCACAUGUAGAUACUUUUGAAUUUUAGUAGAUGAAUAAAUGUAGGACAUGUCAUUUCCAAUUCAUUAAUGUUUCAAGCUGACAAUGGUUUUUUGAUUUUA